GCGAGCGGCCUUUCCCUCCGCGCGUGCGCAGUGGGGCGAAGCUGGCGCUCUUGAGGCGACGGAGGAGAUGCCGCUGGUGAAGUUGUUUCCAAUGUCCGCCCGGCCGCUGGUGACGUAGCGAGGAGUUCGCGCGGCGGAAGGAGCCUCGGGGGCCACCGUAGCAACCGCCAAAGUCCCCCGCUUGUUUUCUUCCUUUCUCUUCGACGCCGCCGCCAUGGAAGGAGCCCUCGGGCCAGCGCGGAGCAGGAGGGAGCCGGGCUCGGGCGUCGCGUGCUGAGGGGUCGGCCUCCCCUCCCUUCAGGCCUCUCUGGGAGGAAGUCUCCCCCUCCUCUCCCUGAUGAGAUCUGCUGGAUUCGUGUCAUACACAUGCAGGAAAUAAGAUUGGGUUCUCUCACAGAUGUAGAAGGAUCAAGUUGAGCUGUCCGUUGCCUAAAAUGAAGCAAGACAAUUAAUAUUAUUCUUGUGGUCUCCCAAACAUCGUAUUUGCUUGCUCCUACUCCAAGGACAAGAGGAUAUCUCUGAAGGGUGGAACAUUUUGCCUAUCUGGAAGAGUUUGUUUUGCUUCGUUGUUGGAUUUCUUCCGUUCCUUGUUUUCCUCUGGGAGAUUGUUCAUCUUGGAUAGACAAUGCCGUGAACGAGAGCUCCGUUUUCCGCUCGCCUUACAAACUGUGCACCGAGGAGUUCGGGCACUGCCGCUGUAAUAGGCAACUGGGGAAUCUGCCAUGGCUGGGAGCAGUUACACAGACCUACGAGAAAAACUCAAGUCAAUGAUGCCUUACCGGGACGGAUACAAGAGCAGCGGCCUCCGGGAUCCUGAAGAGCCCUCUUAUGGAUCCGCUGAUCGCAAGCGCAAGUACCACGAGGAUUCCGAGUCGGAGCCCAGCGACUACGAGGAACGCCAGCGGGAGGAGGAGGAGGCCCAGAAGGUCAAGAGCGGCAUUCGUCAGCUCCGCCUCUUCAGCCCCGAGGAGUGCGCCAAAAUAGAAGCGCGCAUCGACGAGGUGGUCUCUAGGGCCGAGAAGGGCCUGUACAAAGAGCACACGGUGGACCGGGCCCCUUUGCGCAACAAGUACUUCUUUGGGGAGGGCUACACGUACGGGUCCCAGUUGCAGAGGCGAGGCCCUGGCCAGGAGCGGCUGUACCCGCGGGGGGAGGUGGACACCAUCCCGGAGUGGGUGCAUGACCUCGUCAUCCGCAAGUUGGUGGAGCACCGGGUGAUCCCCGAGGGGUUUGUGAACAGUGCGGUCAUCAACGACUACCAACCGGGAGGCUGCAUAGUCUCCCACGUGGACCCUAUCCACAUCUUUGAGCGGCCUAUCGUGUCAGUAUCGUUCUUCAGUGACUCGGCGCUCUGCUUUGGCUGCAAGUUCCAGUUCAAGCCGAUCAGGGUCUCCGAACCGGUCUUUUUCCUUCCUGUGAGAAGAGGAAGUGUAACUGUGCUCAGUGGCUACGCAGCAGAUGAAAUUACACACUGCAUUCGGCCGCAGGAUAUCAAGGAGAGGAGAGCCGUCAUCAUCCUUAGGAAGACCCGACUGGAUGCCCCGCGAUUGGAGAUGCGAACCCUGAUGCCAGGCUAUGCCUCUGACCGUCUCUCGGGAAGCAACCGGGACCCCAUCCUGAAGCCAAAAAGGUCCCAUCGCAAAGCGGAUCCAGACGCUGCUCACCGGCCUCGCAUUUUAGAAAUGGAUAAAGAGGAGAACCGGCGCUCCGUCCUUUUGCCCAAGCACAGGAGGCGGAGCCAUUUCAGCUCCGAGAACUAUUGGCGGAAGUCUCACGGGGAGGACUUUGAGGAAGAGGAGGAGGAGGAGGAAGAGGACGGCAGCCCCGCUCGCAAAGUCAAAAUGAGGCGGCAUUGAGGGAGUCCUGUCCUUUCCUUUUCCCCAUCACCUUCCCUGCAUCCAGGAUCACAGCUGCUGAGACCGGCCUUCGGACCGUGGAGUUGCACGACUUUUCUCUUCCCCGUCUCUCUUUCUAAUCCUCCAUCUUUCACCUUCCUCUCUUUCUAGCCUCCUUGUCAGGCCGAGGAAUACCCAGCAGGCAUCUGGCUUGAAUAAUAAUAAUAAUAAUCCAUCAGGGCAUCCUACCAACCGGGAUGUGUUCGAUGCCACCUGCCUUGCCAUUCUUUUUUCUUUUGAAGGAAAAACUGUGUUGUUGUUCUGAGAGGCGUGUAUAUGUAGAAAAAUGCCAAAAAAAAUGACCAGAAGGGUUGCGGAUGUCCUUUUGCGCUCUCAUGCCACCGCUUCUUUUGAAACAACGCAAUCCCCACGCGCCUGUUCUGAGUUAUUCAGCGUCCGAUCCCACGCGAGGCACUCUGGCAGCCGCCAUCCUAACACCAAAGGGCUCCCUGGUUUCCGAAGUCCGUGUGCGGAUUGUUUUUAUCUCCCUCACCACCACCAUUACCACCACCACCCUUUACUAUUAUUAUUAUUUUUCUCUUGCUGUUGUUCGGAAGACGUCACCCUCCCGCAACUGGAAAACGAAACCGCAAAAGCUUCGCGAAAACACUUCUGUCACGGCACCGGAUGACAAAGCGUCGGUCGGACGUGUUGCACUUUAGCGUCAGGGUUCUCCCCCUUUUUCCCGUGUGCGUGCGUGUAUGGCGUGUGUGUGUGAGUUCCGUCAAAUGCCAUAUAACCCUCCCCCCCUUUCCUUUUAUUUGCUUGAGCUCGCAAGCAUCUUGUGUUUGUUUCUGCGCUGCUAAUGGAAGGAUACCGAGAGGUGUUUCUCUUUUCUGUGAAGGAUUUGUGGCAGUCCCGUCCCCGGAGCUGCUGCUCAGGAUCUCAGCCAAGGGGUCGAUAGGAGCAAAUCUUGAAGGGAGGGAGGGAGGGAGAGAGGGAAGAAGGAAAAUCCCCGCGUUCUGGUGUCCCUUUUGCUCUAACUGCAUUUAUCAGAAGGGGCAUCGUGUCCCCAACAGGUUCUCCGUAGGCUCAGGCUGUGUGCAAAAACAAUCUUUCGUUUUGGUUGGUUUGCUCAGGAGAGACAUCCCAGUGUGUUGAACCCCUUCCCUCGUGUGUCAAGUUGGCUCUGUUCUGUUCAAACGCACACAGACCCCUGUCAUUUUAGGGGGUGGAAACCCCCCUACCCCAAAAAAGUCUUUCUCCAACCUCACUACACCUUUUGAUGCUUGAAUAUGGAUCCUUUUCCUUUCUUUCUGUUGUCUGUCCCAGAAAGAGACGGACGGGGGGAACACCUGCCUUUGCCAUUUAUGUUGAGCAGAGAGUUGUGUAUCUUAGCAAAACAGUUGUGUGUACCUCUGCCUUCAGUGUUUUUAAGGUGGAUCGGUUCCAGGGGAGUCAGGCUCAGGGAAGGCCAAGUCAUGGAGCAGGAUCCACGAGCUGAUCGUGGUUCAGUUUGGCUAGGAAAAGGAAUCAUUGGACACCUCCAUUCCUACCAGACUGACCUCUUGUUUUAGUCAUGCAGUGCAAGCUCUUUCACCAUGCUUAGUGCUUUUGUUCUCCUGCUUGAGCACCACAAAGCUGCGAGUUGGGAUUUUGUCCACGUGGUUUUGUUUUUAAAUUCAUCUUCUCCUCUUUUUGCCCUUGCUCUGCCCCAAACAGAAGGAAUUGCCAGAGUUUCAGAGCCCUACCAGGACCUGAGUUCAAAUUAAGCAUAAACCCAGGUUGGCCUUGUAGUCCUUGCCCUUUCCACCUCACUCUCCACACUUUGCGUUGAAACAGAACUUGUUGAAACCACAGAUCCCAAGAUGGCUCCAUUCCAUGCUUUCUAGGGAGUAGAGUCAUUCCGAUUGCAUUAUUCUGGAAUAUAUAGUUUCAUAGAUGGUGCGCUUUGAAUCCUGUGCCCAAACUACAAAUCCCAGGUGUCUGCUGGAUGUGUCCCAUCAGUUGUGGCUUGGCAAGGAGAAUACGAUCGCCCCUGAUUGCACUAUUUUGGAAAUAAAUAAAAUAUAUUCUGUCAUUUUAGGCCAGGGAAGGAGAGUGGGAUUGCUCUCAAUUACAUUAUCCUGGGAUCUGUAGUUUCACUGUGUACUUCCAGUCCUCAGAUGGACAGCCCGAGUUGUGAGGAAUUACAGCUCCAUUUGCCUGUUUUUAACAGCGAGAUGGCCAUAUGCCAUAAGCAUUGGAUUCUGAUGAAAUAAGAGUGUUGUGUGCUUUUUCAAGCCUCCUACUUUUAACCCCAUAGAAUGAGAACCAUGAUUGAUCAUAACAAGGUUGCAUUUACAAAAAUAAUAUUUAAAAAAUUUAUUACCUGACUCUUUGGGCAACUUUAAAAUGUCAGCAGAGCACAGAAAGGCCCAUUAGAAAACAGUUUGGUCUCUGUCCUGGCCUGCUGGCCUAGCACAUUUUAGGCUGCUCUGGAUUUUGGUUUUGUGCCAAAGGGGCACGGAAUUAACUCCUGCAAAAUCCAGAUUGCAGAGAAAAAAGACUAUUUGUGACAAAAACACUUUCAAGGCCUCUCAAUCCCAUGAGAGAGGAUCCAUUCCACAUCCCGGUCUUUAGUUUGUUUUAAAAGUCUUAGGUAGGUUUAUAAAAUACAUAUUCUUCUUCCUCUAAUGAAUUCUCCAAAUUGCUCCUAGGUUUCUCUCUUUUCCUCCCAUGCUCAUCCUUUCAUAUACAAUCGAAAGCAGGCCCUAUGACUUUGUGCAGCCGUGCUCCAUAUUGCCGGCAUGCCUCUAGUUUUUGUAAACAUUGAUCUCAAAAUCUUUUAGUCAAGACAACAAUGUCCAGCUUGCUGUUUUGCACAAUACCUGUGUGCUUCCCAAUUUUUCCGUCCUCUGCAUGUUUUAGAUUCUAGGAAUCGAAGUGCGAAAUUUGAGGAGGACCAAAGUUUUGGAACCGCCACGCUAUGUAAUGACGGGUAUUAUAACACCCUCUAACUUCCAUAUCCCCAUCCUGUGGGAUCUUUGGAAUGUGUAGCUUUGGGCUCCAAUGCCGCUCCAAACUACAUAUCCCAAGACUCCAUGUUGUCAUGAGUUAACUUGGAAUGUCACAGCACUUUGUGAAAGCUCUCUUUGCUUACGGGCAUCAUGUUUCUCCAUACAACAUCUGAGUGAGGUGGUUUUUCCCCUUGUCUAAAGCAGUUUGGUUUUUGUCUUGCCGAAAGUUUGUUUUUAUCUCCUUGAUCGCUGGCAAAAUGUCAAAAGAAACUCUGGGGAAAAUUACACCAUUUUCGGCCUUGAUUUGAGCCUUGCUCCUCUUGGAAAAUGUCCGCUCCGUCUUUCUAAAAAGUGAUAAAAGAAAGGCAUUCGGCAGGUGUCUCCCCCCAAGUCUCAUUUUCUUGCAAAGUGGGGCAGCAAAACAACAGAAUUGCGCAUUUGCUCUUUGCCUUUCAGUGUCCGAACCCAAGGCAACAGCCUUUGGGUUGCAAACUAUUCACCUUUUGCUUCUAUGACUCCCCAAAAAAAUGUUGGAAAGAGAACCCGAGGCUGGAGAAAAAACAAUCCUUAACUUUAGAAAAGAUCCGGUAAGGCUUUGGAUCCAUUUCCAGCUCGUUUGGGUUUGUUCGAAAUGCCAAGUGCUGUCAAACUCGAUUCUGAAGGUUUCUAACAAGAUCUGUAUACAUAUGCAUAUAUGUAUUUCUCAAUGUAAUCAGUCCAAUCGGCUCCAAAUCGCACCUGGGUUUCUCCCCUUGGCACCACCGGCCUUCCUCCCAAGCACACACUGACAAAUUACAAGGAAAAAAAAGGAGAAGUUCUGGCUGACUCUUUUUUGUGUAUUUUUUUUAAAUAAAUAAAAAUCUAAUUUUUUGUUACAAAUGAAAAAAAAAGAAUAAGUGGCAAUAUUUUUUUUCUGUAAUUUUUCAUAGGAAAAAAAAAGCAAAACAAAAAGUGUGAUUUGUAAACCGAUUGUACAGUUCCGAAGUUUGAGAUACACGAAAUAAAUAACCCUAACUGCGUGGCACGCUGUAAAUGGGAGGGAGGGCAGGGAGAGAUUAUUUUCCAUACCGUACAGAUGUCUUUGGGGAGAAAAUCUUUUAAUUUGGGUUGAUUUAGAAAGAACUCUAGGGGGGAAAAAUCUCAAUUUUUUUUCUCCCACUUUUUUCUUGUAUAGAAUGCUGCAUUUAACUAAAUAAAAGCCGAAAGCAUCACUUGACAGA